UAUACUCGUUUGGACCAGUUGACCACCUCCAAAUUUGUUUUCCUCGAAUUCUGCCCUCAGGCCAAGAAUUUAUACAAUUAAAGUAAAAAUAGUUAGUAGAUGUAUUUUUUGGUGGUAUGCUGGAAAAGCUGCAUAGAAUCUUUGACGUAACAUAUAUUAAUCCUAGCUGCAGUAUAUAGGUAGAUUGCAGACGAUAUUCCACACAAUCUAUAUUAAUACUACUUCUACUUCAAUACUCGGGACAGUGAGGGCAAUCCUUUCCUUUUUUUUUCAAAGACAAUAUUCCACACAACAUAUAUAUUUAUACUACUUCUACUUCAAUACUCGGGACAGUGAGAGCAAUCCAUUCUUCUUUUUCAAAGAUUGGGCUGAAAGUAAAUUAGUUGAAAUGGAUGGAUCUUCAAGUGAUGGUGGCGAAUCCACUUUAGUUUGUGUCCGAUGCGGCAAGCCUGCCCGCCUUCAGUGUCCUAAGUGCAUUGAAUUGAAGCUACCCCGCGCAAAUGCGGCUUUCUGUUCGCAGGAUUGUUUUAAGGUUGCAUGGAGCUCACACAAGUCUGUGCAUACCGAGGCAAAACUGCCAGCACUUAGAGCAGACAGUGCAGAGGAGCAGAUAUCUGCAGCACUUGGUAGAGGUUGGUUGUAUUGCUUGAAAAGAGGCCAAAAUCGAACAUCUCGACUUCCAUAUUAUGACUGGACAGGGCCAUUGAAACCAUACCCUAUUUCUCCAAUGCGCCUUGUUCCUGACAAUAUUUUGAAGCCUGAUUGGGCAAUUGAUGGAAUACCAAAGGAGGAGCCGACUAGUGAUCUACAAAAUAGAGUUGAGAUCAAAACUCCACAACAGAUAGAAAAAAUGAGAGAGACAUGCAAGAUUGCAAGGGAGGUUCAAGAUGCUGCUGCCAGAGCUAUUAGACCAGGGAUAACCACGGAUGAAAUUGAUGAGGUUGUUCAUGAAGCAACUAUUUCUGCUGGUGGAUAUCCAUCUCCAUUAAACUAUCAUUUCUUUCCAAAAUCUUGCUGCACGUCUGUGAAUGAGGUUAUCUGUCAUGGCAUCCCAGACGCCAGGAGAUUGGAGGAAGGAGAUAUCGUGAAUGUGGAUGUCACUGUUUAUUACAAUGGUGUUCAUGGAGAUCUAAAUGAAACAUAUUUUGUUGGUAAAGUCGAUGAGGCUUCUCAACAACUGGUUCAGUCUACAAACGAAUGUCUGGAGAAAGCAAUCGCAAUAGUAAAACCUGGAGUAAGGUUUCGUGAAGUGGGUGAGGUUAUCAAUCGACAUGCUUCAAUGUCAGGGUUAUCUGUGGUGAAAUCCUAUUGUGGGCAUGGUAUUUGUGAGCUCUUCCAUUGCGCACCAAAUAUUCCUCAUUAUGCUCGAAAUAAAGCUGUUGGCAUAAUGAAAGCAGGUCAAAUAUUUACAAUUGAGCCUAUGAUCAAUGCAGGAGUAUGGCGCGACAGAAUGUGGCCAGAUGGAUGGACAGCUGUGACAGCAGAUGGGAAGCGUAGUGCCCAGUUUGAGCACACCCUCUUAGUAACAGAGACAGGAGUAGAAGUACUGACAGCACGCUUACCCAGCUCUCCAAAUGUCUUCCCAUGGUAGAGUCCAUUUAUGAUUGUUGAGCUGCCUGAUGUCUGAAAAUUGAAGCUGGACGGUUAUGGUGAGCGGCUGCUUCUUUGCACAUCAUUGUUCAUCCAGUGUAUAAGCUAUCCAGGCGUUGGCUUUCAAUACCUGAUUCUCAAACUGUUCUAGAUUGCAGAGUACAGCUGUUCUCAAGAAAGCUUCUGAGCAUGACUGGCAUAUUUCAAAUAAGUUAAAUCUUUGUCAAAUUUUCCCCUUUCUAUUUGUCAAAUUUUCCUGAUGGUCAUAACAUUUAUUAAACUUUAAUUUAUUUGACAAACUUGUACAUGCCUGGAUGGAAUUGUUUUUGCUGCAUCUAAAUUUGUUUGUGGAAUAGGAAACCUCAAACUUGUCUUUCUUUUUUAACA